AUGUCCUUCGCCGCAUCCUCCCUCCGUCCCGCCACUCGCGCAGCCAUUGCAUCGGCCGUUCGCCAUGCCUCUACCCACCACAAGAUUGUCAUCAUCGGUGGCGGUACGGGUGGUAUCAACAUCGCAAACCAGCUUCUCGAUACCUACGCUCGUGAAGCCAAGUCUUCCGGUACCCUGGCGUUGAAGAAGGAUGAUAUCGCGAUUGUCGACGGUGCCUCCGUUCACCACUACCAGCCCGGAUGGACUUUGGUCGGUGCCGGUCUCGCCAACAAGACUGACUUGAACCGUCCCUUGGCUUCCCUCGUCCCCGCAGAUGUCAAGCUCCACAACACUAAUGUCGCCGAGAUCGAUGCCGCGGCGAACAAGAUUACUACUGGGACGGGUGACUCGAUUACCUACGACCACCUCAUCGUCGCCGCCGGUUUGGACAUCAAGUGGGGCGCCAUUGCUGGACUCCCCGAGACCUUGGGCAAGAAUGGUGUCUCCUCCAUUUACAGCUACGACACCUGUGACGUCGCCCAAAACGACAUCAAGGCCCUCAAGUGCGGAAAGGCGAUCUUCACCCAGCCCGCUGGUGUCGUCAAGUGUGCCGGUGCGCCCCAGAAGGUGAUGUGGAUGGCGGAGGAUGCAUGGAGGAAUGCAGGUGUUCGUGAUGAGAUUGACUUGGAGUUCAACACGGGCAUGGGCGCAAUGUUUGCCGUGCCUAAGUACGCCAAGGCACUCGAGCAACUCCGUGUCGACCGUGGCGUAAAGGGUGCAUUCACCUCUGACCUCGUCGCAGUCGAUGGUCAAGCCCAUAUCGCAACCUUCAAGCAAGCCGACGGCACCACCGUCGACAAAACCUUCGACCUCCUCCACGUCGUCCCCAAGAUGGGUUCCCACGCUUUCGUUGCUAAAUCUGCCUUGGCUGACGCAGCGGGUUUCGUCGACGUUCACUCCGCUACCCUCCAGAGCAAGAAGUUCGAUAAUGUGUGGUCGUUGGGUGACUCCUCCUCCCUUCCCACCUCCAAAACCGCCGCGGCAAUCUUCUCUCAGACCCCCGUCCUUGCACACAACUUCCACCGCGUCGCGCACGGAAAGACCGCGAACGCAUCCUACGACGGAUACACCUCCUGCCCCCUCCUCGUCUCGUACGGCAAGUUGAUUUUGGCGGAGUUCAAGUAUGGUGGAGUGCCUGAUGAGACUUUCGGCGGUAAGUUUGGUUUCGACCAGGCUAAGCCGGCGAGGUUCGCGUAUCAUUUGAAGAAGGAUGUGUUCCCGUGGGCUUACUUUAAUUAUGGUGUGAAGGGACAGUGGUUUGGCCGUAACUCUUUCUUUAGGCCCACUUUCAACUGA